GGGAAUAUUUUGCAUGAUUGACAUAUAAAAAUAGUCGGGGAGUCGUGUUAGAGAAAUUCAGUCAUGACAUCUGGAUUUCUAUUCAAGUUUCUACCGAUAGAAACUGUCUUCACAGGAAAGUCUUACUGAAAUUGUCUGUAAAAAAUGAGGAGAUUAUGAAAACCAACUCGUUAUUUUGAAUUUUUCUACAUAUAUUUCUUAAGGAAUUAUGGUUAAUAUUACAAUUGAACUUUGUCCGUAUGGUAGAGUAUAACUCUCUGUUAGUUUAUUUAUUUCACAUGGCACAAAGUGGUACAGUAUUGUAUGCCAGACGAAGUUUUCCUUACAAUUUAUUGAUUAGAAUCAGGAUUAACAUGGAAUCGAACAGUCGUCGAAUAUUCGCAGAUAUUACACACAGUGAUAGAAAGAAUUCCAACAUCGUUUGGUGGAGGUGCCUCUAUGAUAGGAAACAAGAUGCACAUUCAUCCCUAUUUGGGACUAAUCAGAUGGAUAUACCUGGUGUCUCGAAGCCAACACCCACCGUUUCAAAUGCCAAAGAGUCACCCACUAUACCAGCAGAAACACAACAGCUACAUCUUGUGCAACAGGCAUUAGUUAUUUGUUUAAGGGUUAAUUUGGUAUUUCCCGCUGAGUGAUUACAUUGAACCGACCUCUGACGACAUAGGUACUUUGACGAUAUCUGAGGAUUUGUGAAGACCACCACUUAUC